AUGGGAACUGGGCAUAUGGGUGCAGCUUUGGCUGGAUUGCAGACCAAUUUGCGGGAAGAGGUUUUAUCUGUGACUGUUCCCAAUGUAGAUUGCCAAUUUUUCCCUUCAGCAAGCGACUUACUACUACUGCUCAGCAUGAUGUCCACCUGCUUAUGCUUUAUUCUGAUCUCAUGCCUGACGUUCCUGUCUCUGAGCCAAGGCCUGGAAGCCCAGACAGACCUACCUUCUGCCCGGAUCAGCUGCCCUGAAGGCACCAAUGCCUAUGGCUCCUACUGCUACUUCUUUAAUCCAGACAAAGAGGCCUGGAUUGAUGCAGACCUGUUGUGCCAGAACAUGCACUCGGGUCAUCUGGUGUCUGUGCUCAGUGAGGCUGAGGGAACCUUCGUGGCAGCCCUGAUCAAGGACACCGGCUUUAGUGUCACCAAUGUCUGGGUUGGCCUUCAUGACCCCAAAAAAAACCGCCGCUGGCGCUGGAGCAGUGGAGCUUUGGUCUCAUACAAAGCCUGGGGAAAUGAUGCCCCAAGCAGUAACAAUCCAGGCUACUGUGUCAGCCUGACUUCGAAUUCAGGAUUCGAGAAAUGGAAGGAUAUGAAUUGUGAUAAUAAAUUAUCCUUUGUCUGCAAAUUCAAAAGCUAG